UUGAAAGGUACGUUAUCCGAGGUAUGCAAGCGAGUCGACAAUGUCGAAGCGCGACUGUCUCAACUUGAAAAUAAAACACCGUCCGUGCCUGAGAGUCACUUAUUGGAAGACAUUGCCAACCUGAAGACGGACCUCAACGAGCGCGAGAAGUCAUGUCUAUUGAACGACAUUGAGAUCUCAGGCAUUACUGAACGGAAUGGGGAGAAUCUGCAGCACGUAGUAGGCCUCAUUGCGCGUAAGAUUGGCAUCACAUUAGAAGAGCGCGACAUUGUUUUGGUAGAACGCGCAGGACCGCGACCACAUUACAAUGAAACCAGCGAACUGUCACGAUCACGCCCUAUAGUAGUACGACUAGCGCGCCGCACGAUGAACUACUGCGGGCGACGCGUGCGCCGUGGGGCUGAUACAUCGGGCUUAGAUAUAGAUAACGAGCCUAAACGGUUUUACAUCAAUGAGCGCCUCACUAGAACAAAUCGUACUCUUUAUUACAAUGCACGAGAGGUGGGCCGCCGCAAUGGAUGGCGUUAUAUAUGGACUCGCAAGGGCCGGAUCUAUGCCCGGCUGAAUAAGGAAACUGCUGCUCAUAGGCUACGAUCACAACAUGACAUCCCGAAAGUUUUUGUAAAAACACAGGUUUGA